UCUGAGCGCCAGCGGCAGCAAACAGAAAAGAUGGCGGACGUGGUGAACGUCGGUGUGAAUCUGGACGCUUUCUCUCACGCCAUCAGCGGCAUCCAGGCGCUCCGCUCCAGCGUGAGCCGCGUGUUCGAGUCCCUGAAGGACGGCAUGAAGAACCGGGAGACGCUGGAGGGCCGAGAGAAGAACUUUAUAUCCGAGUUCCAGGACCACCUGCAGGCAGUCAACAGAGACCUGAAUGAGUUGGAGCGUCUCAGUGGUCUGGUCGGUCGUCCCUCAGAGUCUCAUCCUCUCCAUAACAGCGGCCUUCUCAGUCUGGAUCCAGUUCAGGACAAAACCCCGUUAUACUCUCAGCUGCUACAAGCCUACAAGUGGUCCAACAAGUUGCAGUACCACGCUGGUUUGGCCUCCAGUUUGUUGAAUCAACAAUCACUCAAACGAUCGGCCAAUCAAAUGGGAGCUUCAGCCAAGAGACGACCCAAAGUCCAACCCAGUACUCUGGUACUACCUCCUCAGUAUGUGGAUGAUGUCAUCUCUCGGAUCGGCAGGAUGUUUCCUGAUAUGACCAUCGAGCUGUUCAGACCCAACGGGACAUCUGCUGUACUGCUGGUAAUACAUUAUUUGAACCCUCUCUACAGGUGUGUUCAGACUAGGUAACGGGUGUGUUCAGACUAGG